CCUACGUCCACUUGUCGUCUAUCCAAUCCACCAUGUUGCUCUGGCUGGCCUGAUCCUCGUCUUUUUGUCUGUCUUUUCCUCUUGGACGACAGAGUAAGAUACGGUGCGCGUCCAGGAGACUCGUCCGCAUCAGCGAAAUUUCCACCCCUUUCACGACAUGUACGUCCCCGUCGCCAACCCGCGAAAGCAUUCUUUAGCUUCUAUCGCGCGGCGUGCGGACGACUCGCAGGCGACUCCUGGCGGGUCUGCUGCGUCAUCUUCAUCUUCUACUUCGAUUAUUUCUACUUCUAUUUCGACGAACGGUAAUGAAAAUGAUGGCGGUGCUUCGGCGACGAGUACCACUUCGAGCGUGGUAACGUCCCAAUCAACGAGCACUACUGAUAAUGCGAACGAGACUAGCGCUUCGAGCUCGGUGACGUCCGAUGUUGCUAGUUCAUCGGCUGCAUCAUCUACAUUGGCGACUUCUUCGAGUUCGAGCUCAAGCGCGAUUUCAAGUGCGAUACCCACAUCUUCCUCUGUAUCUUCUACAGCGACUUUGGCCAGUUCCUCUUCUGUAUCGAGCUCGACCGCGGCGGCUGCUUCUGGGAAUACUUCCGCGCUUAGCAACGGCGGUGCAUCCGAAUCGACAUCAGUAUCAGUAGCGAACACGAGCAUUCUAGCGACUAGCACUGCUGCUGAUGCAGAUAGUUCGAAAACCUCAAGUACUGAUUCAAGUUCAGUGACUGCUGCCUCCAGUUCAGCGUCUGUUUUGGCGUCUUCAACUGUAUCAUCAGCUGCACUGGCCUCAUCAGAGAACCCGGUCUCAAGCUCAUCACUCGCGUCAUCGAACUCGGCUGCCGUACCAGCACCUACCGUAUCUUCGUCAUCUGUGCCUACUCCCCGAGACGGCUCAUCCGCAAGCGCAGUUCCGAGUCCUUCGCCUUUGCCUUCAUCUUCGUCUCUAUCGGAUGUUUCCAACGUAGCGAGUUCGUCAGAUUCAAGCCCGAGCUCCACCCUGACGGCCCUCGCUCCCGCCUCCUCAACUUCUCCCUCUGCUUCUUCCGGCGACCCUUUAUCAAACUCGCUUGAUCCAGUCGGAGGUGUAGGUUCUGUUCUCGGUGGUGUGAAUUCUGUUCUGGGAGGUGUUCUUGGUUCGGGGAAUAGUGAUGCAAGCUCUACGGUCGACUCUGCCGAUGUGAGCAGUGCAAGUCAAGCAACUGGUACUGCUGUGUCGGGUUCGGCUGAUGCGACUACGAGCUCUGAUGUUGUCAGCGCAACGUCUGGGGUUUCAGCAUCAGAUACUUCGACAGCGACGGAUUCUGCUGACCCCUCAUCGGCUACUGAUAUCUCUGGUACCACUGACAUUGGGCUGAAUGCUACGGCUACUGACUCAUCCUCGUCGACACUCGACUCCGCAUCAGAUUUUUCGGUGACAGCCACAGGCUCUAUAACGCAAACGAUCUUUUUCAGCUCCACAACCGACAAUGCAAUACCAACUACAACUGAUACUGCUAGCGAUACUACUACUUUUACACCACAGGGCAAUGGCAAUAAGGGCGUCUCCUCUAUUUCGAAUCCAUCGCCCGCGGCUCCGGAUCCGCAGCAGAGAAUUGCGACGACGUCUGUGAGUUCUUCGUCAACGGCGGUGCAAGGGAAUGGUGAUGCAGUAGCGCCGACUUCAACUGCACCUGCACCUGCAACUGCCUUAUCCGGCAACUCAAAUGCUGGAAGUGGUUCGUCGAAUGGCAAUGGUAAUGUUCCUCAGGCUGAUCAAAGUACUGAGACUACCAUCGAGCCUCCAAGCGUGGCAACGACAAUUGCUGUUGGCAGCUCUUCUGUGACAUUGACCACCCAUGCCUCUCUUCCGACUGGUACCGGUAGUGGAACGAAUAAUACUGGUCAGCCUGGUGGUACCGCAAGUGCCGGGAAUGCGCCUGCGUCGGCGCUCUCUGGUGGGGCUAUCGCUGGAAUUAUAAUAUCCAUUGCGGGCAGCGCCGCCCUUGUCCUACUCAUCAUUUUCAUCCUUCUGCGUCGUCGUCGGGAACGUGCGCGUGCUCGACUCGCCCAUGAGAGCUUCGGGCCUGGUGUCCGGAGCGCAAGCUCGCAAAGUAGGCAUGCGCCGAGUCCGUCGGGCGUUGCUUUCCUCCCUGGGUUCCUGCACGGUUCCAACAGGAGUGCGAGAUCUAGUAAUGAUAGUGUUAGGGAUGGUCCUGGAUUCUUCACUCGUGCACGCACUCUCUUUACACCUCGCAGGUUUGGAAUGGGAGAAAAAGGAAUUGGGAUGGACCAGCAAUGGGAGAUAAUGAAUGAAAAGCCUACCGAUGUCUACGAGCGUGGCCUUGGUGAUGGAGAGGGAUCGUUCCUCCCUCCACCGGGUCGCGCAGUCUCACCCAUUGCGCCAUUCCCGUUUAUGUCUUCGGCUACAAGUACACAUUCGCCUUCGAACAGUGGUGGAAAUGUCAGUAUGAAUCCUUUCUCGGAUCCUUCGUCAGAGCGCGCUGUGACGCCUGUUGAGCGUGCAAAAGCCGGAACGCCUGUUCCUGGAUCUACACCGGUUCCACGUGCGGACGACCCGUUCUGGGAUCCCGAGGAUUUGCUUCCGCCUGCAUUGAGGUUGAGCGCGCUGCAGAAGGAGACGGCUGCAAAGAAGGCUGCUGCUGCUGCAAGUUCAAGCGCCGUUCCUGCUUCAGGAAGUGAUGGUGUUGCGCCCGCAUUUGGCUUUGCUGGUGUUGGUGCCUACAGUGCUUCAUCCUCCGAUGCGAAAAGAAACAUAACGAGCCCUAGUGACUUGAUGGGCCCUCUUCCUUCUGACCCGUUUGCUGAUCCGGGGAUUGUUGCCAGUGCUAGUGGUCCUCCUAGCAAUGCGAGUCAAGGAUCUAAGGAUAAGCAACCGAUGAAGAUGCCUGACAUAUUCGACUUCCGUGCCAGUGGGGUGUCGGAUUCUGGUGCUGACGCUGAGGCCGCACGAGAAGGGUAUACGUCGUGGGUCUCCCAACCAGGAUGGGCUUCUCGCUCCUCAACGCGUUCUUCCGGAGUUUCCAAUAACAACUCUAAUGGCAUAAGUCAACAACAGCCGCCGUUUGCUUCAUCAACACCGAGCCUGCACACUAACUUACUGGGAUCGGGGGGUGAUGACAGGUCCGUACUUGCAUCGAGCUACGGAUCAGGCGUCGGUCCGGAUAGUGAGUCCAGUUUGCAUACCAUUGCCGCUGCUGGAGACUCUGGUGUUUCGUUGGGUAUGUUGAGGUCGGAAAGCCCUCGGACUUUUGGAUCUGUCUCUGGUGAGACGAGUUCGAGGGUGAGCUACGUGUCUGCGGAAAGUCAUGGGAGCAGUCACUAUCAGGAGUUCGGCAAUGCCCUCUAGAUGAGACUCCUUCGGUUGAGUUGACACAGGUCGAGUUGUAGAGUGCAUUCGCCUUAUACUUUCUUCUCUUCGUCUUUCUAUUACCUAAUAUUUGCACUUUACUUAUGUUUCUUCGUUUUCUUGCUAUUCUGAUAUCUCUUCGGAACUUCUUACUUGCGCUCUACUUACGUCACUCUCAUCCACCCCUCUGCCUCUUUCUUUUCUUUCUUUGUGUCCGCCUAUGCAUGGACUCCGGAAAUCACUCAUUCGUUAGUUUGUUAGUUGUGCAGUGUAAUUUGCUGUACUCCUUUGUACCUCCAGGCUUCUGUACCAGACUAAAA